AUGGAGGAAUUAAAGAAAGCGUUGAAACUCCAAGCGAAGCUGUACAACUCAGAGACGGCAUACGUCAGCAUAUCGACAUUAGACAUGGGUCGAAAAUAUCCAAUCACUGAUUUAUCCAAAGUCCAGUCGGCAUACGGUUUGCGCAUAUUGGUUAGCCUUCAAGGAGAUCGGAGGAUAUUGAAAACAUAUCUACCUAAAUCUAUUAAGUUGAGUGAUUCUUAUAUUGACGGUUUCAUCAAUCGGGACAGAAGGUCGGUUCUAUAUUUAAUUUACAAGGGUGUAAAAUCUAAUGGGGCGUAUAAAAUCGAUUUUGAAUGA